UCAUCAGGAUUCAUCGGCUUAUUAGGAGCUGGCCUCAGUUUGCUAACGAUAGCCGGGAAUUCCAUAGUCAUACUCAGUUUCAUUUUGGAGCGUUCAAUCCGCCAGCCCUCAAACUACUUCAUAGCUUCGUUGGCGGUCAGCGAUUUGUUGAUCGGUCUGGUCUCGAUGCCCUUGUACACGGCCUACAUCCUCACGGCCAAGAAGUGGUCUCUAGGCGAAUUCUUCUGCGAUCUUUGGCUCUCGGUAGACUACACGGCCUGCCUCUGCUCCAUAUACACGGUAUUCUGCAUCACUGUCGAUCGAUUCUGCUCCAUUUCCAUACCGACCAAGUACCGGGCCUGGAGAACUGAGAGGAAGGUAAUCUUUGUGGUAUUUUUCGUAUGGCUGAUUCCCAUCUUGGUUUUUUUCACAACGAUUUUUGGCUGGCAGUAUAUUAUUGGAAAGCGAACGGUGCCAGGUGACAAAUGUUUUGUUCAGUACAUGGAGGAUGCGUUGUUCAACUGCUUGCUCCAGGUGGGAUACUUUUGGAUCACCCUGGUCGCCAUGGUGGGAUUGUAUUCCGGGAUUUAUAAGGUUGGCUGGUUGACUGGUUGGUUGGUUGGUUGA